UUUAGUACAUGUUUCUUGAUGGGUCCAUUUAAUCAGUUGAAGAAGAUGUUCGCGUCAACAAGAGUAAUUGCAACUAUAUUAGUAUUUGUUUCUAUUGCUUUAACUUUAUUUGCAGCUUUAUAUUUGCACAAUCCUGGUCUAGCUCUUCUAUUUAUAAUUAUUCAAUCUCUAGCUAUGACAUGGUAUUCCUUGUCAUAUAUACCAUAUGCUCGUGAUGCUGUCAAAAAGACAGUGGAAGCUUGCAUUAUAUAAGAAAUUCUCUUUUUUUUCUCUUUUAUCAAAAUUUAUAUAAAUGUACUAUUUAAAUUUAUUGAUUUUUUGAUACUUGAAUAAUUUUGUAAUACUUAACAUAAAUUAUAUUUUAAAUGUAUAAAAAAAUAUUCUAAUGAUAAGUAUAUAAAUUAUAAUACAUAUAGGUUAUAAUAUAUAAAAUAAUAUGAAAUUAUAAUAGCAGUAAUAAGCCAAAUGUAGUUAUAAAUUUGAUAGCUCAGAUUUAAUAAGACUAUAUUCAUAUGCUGCAUCAGAAA